AUGGAGCUGAGACAUGCUCGCAGCUGUGGCUCCCGUGCGACCAUCCCUCUGGUCUCACUACUGCCGUGUCUUGUGUCAGCUCGUUCUUCGCAAGCUCUCAAAUAUGGCCAGAUACAGAAUGAGCAUCGCAAUAAGAUGUUUGCUGCUCAGCAAGAGCAACAGCAGCAUCAGCACCUCCAAAAACGUUCGGAUCAUGUAUACUUGACCAACGCUACCACACCAUUUGCUGUCAACGGCUCUUCGUUGCCCGAGAUUGAUUUUGACAUCGGAGAGAGUUAUGCUGGGUCCAUGCCAAUAGGCAACAGCACGACCGACAGUUUGUUCUUCUGGUUCGUACCAACUAACAAUCCAUCUGCUGUUGAUGAGAUUGUGAUCUGGUUGAACGGAGGCCCCGGUUGUUCGAGUUUGGACGGACUCUUCCACGAAAACGGUCCUGUCAACUGGGCUUCUGGUACAUAUCGUCCUGUCAGAAACACCUACUCGUGGUCGAACUUGAGCAACAUUGUUUGGAUUGAUCAGCCCAUCUCGACCGGCUUCAGUGCAGGGAAUGCUACGGCCACUAAGGAGGAUACUGUAGCCUCGCAAUUUAUGGGAUUCUGGCGUAAUUUUGUGGACACCUUCGAGCUCAAAGGACGUAAGGUCUACAUCACUGGCGAAUCUUACGCUGGCAUGUACGCGCCGUACAUCGCCUCUGCAAUGAUUCAGAAACAGGAUACCGAGUAUUAUAACGUCAGUGGCCUCAUGGUGUACGAUCCAUCUAUUGGGUACGAUGGAGUCAUCUCACAAGCCCCCACACUCUCCUUUGUUGACCAGAAUCGCAAUUUCUUCCCUCUAAACGACACUGUGAAUGCUCAGAUCAAGAACAUCUCACAAUCUUGCGGACUCGACACUUUCAUGGAUAGCGCCUUGACUUUUCCUCCGACAGGACCUCUUCCGCCGCCUCCAUCGACAUACGACGAAGUCUACGAUUACGACAAUUGCGACAUCUACAACACCAUCUUUACUGCCAUAUUCGAGCUCAACCCUUGCUUCGACAUCUAUCAACUUGGCCAACAGUGCCCUCUGCUGUGGGACAGUCUUGGAUUCCCAUACUCUUACGAUCAGUUCUAUCUUCCUGAUGGUUACACUCAACCCUACUUCAACCGUACAGAUGUUAAAAAGGCCAUUCAUGCACCUCUGGACGUGAACUGGCAAUUCUGUCUUCCUGGUUUGGAGAACCCUUUCGUCGGUGGAGAGUCGGAUACCUCGCCUCCUUCGGGUUUGGACGGCGGACCCCUGCAACGCGUUAUCGAACAUACCAACAACGUCGUGAUCGGCCACGGCACUCUUGAUUUUGUCCUCUUCGCCAACGGCACACUUGCUACCCUGCAGAACCUGACCUGGAAUGGUGUGCAAGGGUUCAGCGAAUAUCCAUCGCAGCCUUUUUACGUGCCUUACCAUGAUCAUCAUAUGGAUAGCAUGGCAGGGGCAGGCGUCUUUGGGUCCUGGACUUCUGAGCGUGGACUUACGUUCGUGCUGACAGAGUUGGCGGGACAUUUCUUGCCGCAGGGCGCACCGUCUGCUGCGUACAGACAUCUUGAGUUUUUGCUUGGAAGGAUUGAGAAUCUGUCGGAGGUAUCGCCGUACACCACACAACAGGGCUACAAGCAACCUAGACAGGCUUUGGACAAUGGGACUGCUUGGGACAAAUAA